CACUAUCUGCGUGUGUAUAAAUACCUCUCUCUCUCUCUGUGCUCCAGUUUGCUCAGUCCUGUUGCAUACGAACUGCUCUUUCCAGGGGCACUUGAGGAAGAGUUUCAGAGAUGGCGAUGGAAGUUGGUCGACUCAUGAGAUGUGGAGUUAUUUGUCCUAGGGGAUUUCCUAUCUUGAAUACCAAAAUCCACAAGGUGCUAAAGAGUAUGAGCAGAGGUGGUCAAGUCAUAAGAUGCCAAGUUAAUGAUUCCAGGGGACUUGCUACUGUACAGCCCAAAAUCCGCAAGGUGGAAGAGAUUGAAAGCACAGCUGGUCAGGUCAUACAAUGCCGAGCGGCAGUUGCAUGGGAAGCUGGGAAGCCAUUAGUGAUCGAGGAGGUCGAGGUUGCUCCUCCAAAAGAAAAGGAAGUCCGGCUGAAGAUCCUUUACACUUCCCUCUGCCACACUGAUCUGUACUUCUGGGAAGCCAAGGGCCAAACUCCCUUGUUUCCUCGAAUCUUUGGCCAUGAAGCAGGAGGGAUCGUGGAGAGUGUUGGUGAAGGCGUAACAGAUCUUGCACCAGGAGACCAUGUCCUCCCUGUAUUCACUGGAGAAUGUAAAGAGUGCGCUCACUGUAAGCAUGAGGAGAGCAAUUUGUGUGAUCUCCUUAGGAUUAACACUGAAAGAGGGGUGAUGAUCAGUGAUGGGCGGUCCAGGUUCUCUAUGAAUGGAAAACCAAUUUAUCAUUUUCUAGGAACCUCCACUUUCAGUGAGUACACUGUCAUCCAUUCGGGCUGUGUUGCCAAGAUCAACCCCUCGGCUCCCCUUGAUAAAGUCUGUGUUCUUAGCUGUGGCAUUUCAACAGGUCUUGGUGCAGCUCUUAAUGUUGCGAAACCACCAAGGGGUUCGACGGUGGCAAUUUUUGGAUUGGGUGCUGUAGGCCUUGCUGCUGCUGAAGGGGCCAGGAUUGCAGGAGCAUCAAGGGUUAUCGGUGUUGAUAGAAAUCCUGCAAAAUUUGAUGAAGCAAAAAAGUUCGGCAUCACUGAGUUUGUGAAUCCAAUGGACUACGACAAGCCAGUCCAAGAGGUGCUUGCUGAAAUGACUGGCGGUGGAGUUGAUAGGAGCAUCGAAUGCACAGGCAACAUAAAUGCCAUGAUAUCUGCGUUUGAAUGCGUUCACGAUGGUUGGGGUGUUGCUGUGUUGGUUGGGGUGCCUCACAAAGAAGCCGUAUUCAAGACCCACCCUAUAAACUUUCUGAAUGAAAGGACUCUCAAGGGAACCUUCUUUGGAAACUAUAAGCCCCGAAGCCACCUUCCUUCGGUUGUGGAGAAGUACAUGAACAAGGAGCUAGAGGUGGAAAAGUUCAUCACACACACUGUACCUUUCUCUGAGAUCAACAAGGCCUUUGACUACAUGCUCAAAGGAGAUGGCCUUCGUUGCAUCAUUCGCAUGGAUGGUUAGAGCAGAAUUUCACCACUUCCUUGAAGCUACUCUGGAAAGAAGAAGUUAGAAAAUGAGGCAUGUCUUGUUCCAUGUUGAUUGUAAGCCUUUCCCUUUUGUUGAAGAGGAAAUAAUGUCUACAUCUUGAAGAAAAUUUUGUGAUAUAAUGUCUACUACUCACAUUUCUGGAGGAAAGAUAACAGCUUUUAUCA